GUAAAGAAACUUUGAAUGGGCCUCAGAAAUCGUAGGAGCCCAAUUCACACAGGUUUCUUUAAAAUCCUUUUUCAAAGUCAAAGAGAAACCCUAGCAAAACAUCUGUUUUGAGAGCGGCGCUGCACAGCUCCCGUAGAUCCCAUAACUCCCAGAUUUCAUCUCUCCGUUGAAACGAUGUCGUCGGUUGGCGAAGCUGCUUGCUCUUACGCUGCUUUGAUUCUCUAUGAUGAUGGCAUCCCCAUCACUGCUGAGAAGAUUGCAACAAUAAUUAAAGCUGCAAAUAUCUCUGUUGAAUCUUAUUGGCCAAGCUUGUUCGCUAAGCUUUUCGAGAAGUGCAACAUUGAGGAUCUCAUAACCAGUGUUGGAGCUGGUGGUGGUGGUGCUCCUGUUGCUGCAGCUGCACCUGUUGCAGCUGGUGGUGGAGGUGGUGGUGCUGCUGCACCACCUCCUGCUGAGGAAAAGAAGAAGGAAGAGCCAGAGGAAGAGAGUGAUGAUGAUAUGGGAUUCAGUUUGUUUGAUUAGGAGCUCCAUUCAGUAUGUGAUUUGGUCUAUUACUGGUUUAGUGCAUUAGGCUAUGACAAUUGUUACUGUUUUGAGUUUUAUCGGUAUCGGUAUUCGUCUGUGAAUUCGAAGUAUAUGUCUUCUUGAAUGAAGUGACACUGAAUAGUUCUUGCUUGUUUGAAUUGUAUGUUUGAUUCUUCUAUAUAUAAAGGAUUAUAGCCAAUUUUUGCCAUGUGUCA